AUGCCACCCCAAAUCAAACAAGACCUGAAUCGCUCAGGCUGGGAAUCGACUGAUUUCCCUUCUGUUUGCGAAAACUGUCUGCCAGAGAAUCCUUACGUCAAAAUGUUGAAAGAGGAUUAUGGCUCCGAGUGCAAAUUGUGUACGAGGCCUUUCACUGUCUUCAGCUGGAGUGCUGACCGAGCCCACGGCCGAAAGAAGCGAACAAACAUCUGCUUGACCUGCGCGCGCCUCAAAAACUGUUGCCAGGCAUGCAUGCUGGACCUUUCCUUUGGGCUUCCCAUCGUGGUUCGCGAUGCAGCCUUGAAGAUGGUAGCCCCGGGGCCAUCGUCUGACAUCAACCGCGAAUAUUUUGCGCAAAAUAACGAACUCGCCAUUGAAGAAGGUCGCGCGGGAGUCGAAGAAUACGAAAAAACGGACGAAAAGGCUAGAGAACUCCUGCGCAGAUUGGCUGCAAGUAAACCGUACUUUCGAAAGGGCCGUGCCGUCGAGAAUGCCGACGACGAGAGUCAGAAAGGCAGCUCAAGCGGUGGACUAGGUGGGAACCCAGCCGUCGGCGCCGGUGUCGGUGGUCCAGGACCUAUCCGAACCAGAGACUCGAGAGCUGCCGCAGCUCUAGGUGCGAGGUCGGGCAGGCCGAAGCAAGCUUUUCCAAGCGCUGCACAGUUGCCUCCUGGACCACAGGAUUGGAUGCCUCCGGCUGACAAGAACAUCAUGUCCCUCUUCAUCACCGGGAUCGAGGACGACCUUCCUGAGCACAAGAUCCGAGAUUUUUUCAAAACGCAUGGCAGACUCAAGAGUCUGGUUUGCUCCCAUAUGUCACACUGCGCAUUCGUCAACUACGAAACGAGAGAGGCGGCUGAGAAAGCUGCUGCAUCAUGUCAGGGUCGUGCCGUUAUUGCAGGAUGCCCGUUGCGUGUGCGAUGGGGUGUCCCCAAAGCAAUCGGGACGAUGGACAAGGAGCAGCGUUCACAGAUGCUCAUGGAUGCUCGAAGAGGGCAGGCGAACGCGCGUGGAGCGGAUGGCAGAGGUGUAAAGAGGCAGAUUGCCGGUCGCUCGGACGUAGGAAACGCCGCUCACUCCCCAACUGCACCAGUCGUUGCACCCCCGCCAGGCGCAGACGAUGGCGCCCAGUAUGUUAGUCUACAGGGCGACUAA